AUGCGCGUGGACGCGUCGAACGAUGACGAGGAGGACGUGUUCGGGUUCAGGGCGGAGAUGCGGUCGAGGGGGUUGGCGUCGAGCGCGCGCGGACGACCGACGCCGAAGCGAAGGAAAUCGUCCGACGGCCCCGGCGGUGGGUCCGCGGUGAAGAAGGGGUCGGUAGAGUGGUUGCUUCGAGAGCGCGAGGAUUUGGAGCGGGCGACGGCGAGGGAUGACGCGACGUUGGAGCGGCGACGAGCGGACGACGCGGCGCUCGAGCGGAGACGGAAAGAAGAGGAAGAGGCGGUGCGAAAAAAGGCGGAGAGAGACGACGCGGACGUGAUGCGGGCGAUGGAUGAAGAAGACGAGGUCUUGGCCGCGCUCGGUGAGGGAUUCAAGCUCAGGGAGAUUGUUGAGACUUUGGGCGACGUCGCGUUUACGGACAGACGAGAUGGCGUCCGCGCGAGCGACGCGCGGAUGACGACGUGCGCGUCGAAACCGCUUCGCGCGAUCGUGAAACGAGCAAAGGAGCUCGCGCCAUCGGUGAGUGAGGAGGAGAUGUGGCGCGCAUUGCUCUUGGAGCGAUGGUUGCCGGAGAGGUGGGCGACAGCGCCGAGCGAGCGAUGCGAUGAGGCGACAAUGGAGUGGCUGUGGGACGUCGCCACUUCGUGCGGGUGCGCCGAUCUGAGCUUUGGCGCUCGGGAUGCACUUUUAGUCACCCUCGGGUUCGAGGGGAUGUGGGGAUCGGUCGAUGACGGGCGAGGGCCGCGAUUCGAUUACCACCGGAAGGACGCGUCGACGGACGUCGAUGGGCAAAAAUGCGAGGUACCACCGUGGGAACUAUACGCGAGCGCCGUGUGCGACGUCUUGCGAACGCUCGGUGUGCGCGAUUACUUGCAGAUACGGCGCGCGUCGUUACCCGCAGCGGCGGGUCAAGCAAGCAAGGCGAUUGCGACCGCGCGGCGACGAUUACUUCGCCACGAACUCUUCGUCACUCUCGAAAUUGUGACGGCGUUUUGUGACAAUGCGUUCGCUCGCAACGUCGAGGCCUUUGCGAACAUCGAUGGAUAUGCGAGAAUCUUACAAAUGUACGCCGGGAUCGAGUUGGACUCGCGCGCAAUCGCGUUGGACGUCGUCCUUAGACGCGCGACGUCCGCGCUCGUCGCGAGCGUUCCAAAGAAAUCGUGGGACAGCUUCAAGGUUAAGGCGAUUAGAUACCUCCUCGACGUAGUUGUGGAAGAGUCCACCGCGUCAGGAACGGAGUUCGAGAACGUUGCCAUGUGCAUGCGCCUCGUUCGAUGGUUGCCGGGUAUGACUUUGCGAGAGAAGGAUCUUAGAGCGGCGCUCGCCGCCGCCGGCGUCGCCUGCGUUCGACAUCUUCUGCCACUUCCCGCGAGCGAGAAACCGAAGAAGAUCACGAGUGCGGAGAAGAAUAAGCUCGUCACUCAGCUUGCGCGCGACGACGAGUCAUCGAUAAUGCUUCGCCGGAGCGAGGCGUCCAUGCACCUGUGCGAUGUGCGCGUCAACGACGAGACGCCGGCGCAAGAGAUCUAUAUCAUCGCGGCCACUAUGGACCUCGUGGACGUCGUCUUACGAGGUGGCGUCGUCAUUGAAGCCGAAGAAUCGCGCGUCGACGGCGGCCUGCUCCUCUUCACGCGCUUCCUCCAACGAAAGGUUGCCAGGUCGGGCCGGCGCUCGCUCAGCGCGCUCCGCACCAAGCUCUACGCCAUGAGGACGCGAUACGAGCGCCUCGCCCACGUGUGCCGAGAAAACAUGGCGAACGCGAAGGAUUCGGUGUAUGAGUUGUGA